CUUAACAGUUAACCCCUUAACCGGCAAACCUAAAACCCCUAAAAAAUGCUCGUUCGAAAUCGACUGUUCAGUCUUUUAUCAUCGUCUGUAUCUCUGUCUCCCUCUCCUAAACAAUGUCCAUUUACUCUCUUUUGCAAAGUCAACUUCUCUCGCUCCAUCCGAAACCCCAAGCUGGGUCCAAACCCGAGGUUCCAUGUGACCACUACGGCUUCAAAAACCACAAAACAGUCGCAACCCAUGUCGGACACGGCCCGGUUCGUGCGGACCGUCCUCUUUCUGCCACCUGGUGUCGACCCGGACGAGGUGACUGAAGACAUGAUUUUGCCCGGGUCGAAUAUCGUGGUGGGGCCCUAUGCGGGUCAUUCCCAGAUUAAGGAAGCGGAGUUUGUAAAAAGCAGCGGUCGAGCCAAGGAUUGCCCCAAAGAUGACCGACCCGAGUUUGCAAUUGUGGGUCGCUCCAAUGUGGGAAAGUCCUCGCUUAUUAAUGCUCUGGUUCGCAAAAAAGAAAUUGCUCUCACAUCGAAAAAACCAGGGAAGACUCAGCUAAUAAAUCAUUUUUUACUGAACAAAAGUUGGUAUAUUGUUGAUUUGCCUGGUUAUGGUUUUGCUAAAGCUCCAGAUGCUGCUCGAAUGGAUUGGUUCUCAUUCACAAAAGGCUACUUUCUAAAUAGAGAAACUCUGGUCGGUGUCCUUCUUCUCAUUGAUGCAAGUGUUCCACCUCAGAAGAUCGACCUAGACUGUGCCAAUUGGCUUGGACGUAACAAUAUACCAAUGACUUUUGUUUUCACAAAAUGUGACAAGAUGAAGGUGGCCAAAGGAAGAAGGCCUGAUGAGAAUAUCAGGAGUUUCCAGGAGCUGAUAAGAGAAAUCUACCCGCAGCAUCCCCCUUGGAUCAUGACCAGUAGUGUCACUGGUUUGGGCAGAGACGAGCUUCUCUUACAUAUGUCACAGCUAAGGAACUACUGGGAUCAAUAGGGGCAGAAUCAAACCUGAUGUAUCUUCAAUUACUGGUACACAAAAAAGCUAUGGUUUUGAUCUGAAUUGCCUAGCAUUUUUCAUUCUCUUCUUUUAUGUUGAAACUUCGUAUCAAACCUGUUUGAAUCUUACCGAGAUGUGUAAUAUGACUUGUACUAUGAUGUCACAUUUUCUGUGUACAUAUAAAUGAAUCAUAUUUAAUAUUCUUCAAA